AUGUCGUCAUCAACAUGUUCGAGUAGUACGGUAUGUGCUUCUCAGACUAGUUCUACGUUUAAUCAUCUUGCGAAUAUUGGCAAAAUUAUUGGUAUUGUACUAGGAUCUAUAUUAGGACUUGCCAUUUUGAUAUUCAUUAUUGGAAUUAUUUAUUUUACUUUUUGCAAAAAGAAACGUCAAGUACAAGUUUGGACUCAUCCAUAUCCAAGACCACAAUCCUAUGGUCAAUCGAUGCCGAUGUAUCCAUAUGCAAAUUAUCCACAUGAAGUUACUCAAGAGCCAAAAUCAGAUUCACAAAAGAUAGUAGAAGAACCACCACCUUCCUAUGAAGAAAUAAGCAGAAAUGAAAAUUCAACUGAAAAGAUUUAA